AUGACCUUUCCUAGUCCGCUGCCCACGGUGGAUGCCGCCAAAACCAAGGCUGGACUCCCCUCGCUGCCGCGGACAGCCGGCCCACGAGGCCGGCGGAGCGGCGGCGCCUGCGCCUCCGUGUGCGGGGUCACCUCCGUGUGCGGGGUCACCUCCGUGUCCGGAGUCACCUCCGUGUGCGGGGUAGCCCGGGGUUGGCCAGUGCAGAGGGCGGGUCGUCCGCUUUGCCAGCAAGGCUCGACCUUGUCAGACCCCCGCGCAGACGGGGUUGGUAACGGACGCGAAGGGCGCUCGCUCCCAUGUCAUCGCUAUGGAGGUGACCUUCUUUAUCUGGCUGCUUGUUUUGAUCCACCUCUUGAAGAAGUUUCCACCAGGAACCCAAUCAUAUACAACAAAACGACUGCUGACCCAGACCAUCCUGACCUUGCUGGUUUGUUGGUGAAAAACAAGAAUCUUUUAGCUGAGCUAAGAAAUCUUCAAAAUAAACUUUUCAUAAAAGAAAGUUCAUUGCAAGAUAUGAAGAAUGAGCUAGAAAGUUAUAAAGAAGAUAACUCGAAACAGUCUUUCCAGAUAAUCUCCCUGAAAAAUGAUAUCAAGGACUUAAAGGUUCUUAUUGCUUCUCUAACUAGAGUUAAAUCUUUGAAAAGCAUCAAUAAUCAGACUCCUGAAAGAGGCAACUUGGAUCUAAAUGAAAGAAUUAUAGAGCUAGAAAACCGUCUAAGAGUACAUCUGGUUGAAAGAGAAAGGGCAGAGCAAAAAGCAGACCUUUUGGAGAAAAAGUUAGCAGGUGCUAAUCGAUUCACUCCUUAUAUGAAUGUGAAAGGACAAGAAGACACCUUGGGUAGUUUCAAGAUAAAGAAGGAAGAAAUGAGUCUGGUCACUCAUAGAUGGCAAUUAACAGGAUUAGUAGAAGAUCUUAUAGAAGAAUUUUGGAGAAUGAUGGGAGACAGACACUUGUCAAAGAACUGCUGGGGAACUAAAACUGCACAAUCCCACUAUCAGAAAUUCCUUCGUCAAUUGGCUUCUUUUCUAAGCAGCAGUGUUGUCCCCACCAGCACAGAGGAAGCUGUGAAAGAGAGAAUUCAGGGAAUUGGUGCAAAUGAGCAAUUCUGAAGUCUGUAAGUAUAUUGCAGACAACAGGAAAUUCAGUUGCUCACCAAGCGACUGGAGCAGCUGCAUCAUCACCACGAAGAAUCAUCCCAAACUGAAGAAAAGCGUAGGGAACAAAAAAGACCCUUGAAAUGUCUGGAGGGAAAAAUUGCUGUUAAUGACUUUUUUCAAGCGAGAUUAGACUUGGGCAGGAAUAAAGAAAACUCCAGGACUAAAAAUUCCCGAAUAGAUGAGAACAGCAAGAUAUUUAAACAGCUACAGAAAGACAACAAACAACAAACAUUAAUAACUAUUAAGCAGAAUUUGCAAAUUGCAACAACUCAAAGAUUAGAGGAAGAAAUUCAGCAACUUCAGAAACAGCUCAGUGAUUUGAAAUUGUCAAAUAAAAAUAUGAAAACCCAACUGACAAGAGUAAAUGUCCUUAAAGACAAAACAAUUCAGAAGCUCAGGCAAUCUUUAAUAAAAGUUGAAGCAAUGAAAGGGAAGACAGCUAUGAAAACAGAUAACUUGAAAACUACAUUAGACCCGACCAAGCAAGAGGCAAGAUGGGACAAAGACGGGACCCAUCAGAUCUUAGAUGCUGUCACUCCUGAGCUCUGCACAUCAAAGAACACACUUGAAGAAGUAUCAGGACAACCACAAGAGGAAGUCGACUUUCGAGAAACUAUCAUAAAGAUGUUGGGAUUUAACAUGAAAACAGCAGACAAGGAAAUUAUCACUCACCUAAGACUUGUUAUCCAAGCUUAUGAAGCAUCUAACAAAUCAAAGAUUGCUUCUGAUUGUGAGACUGGACAGAAUAACGCAUAAAAAAGUUCUGCCUUCUCAUUGCUGCCAACAAGAACUCAGCAGAUACAGACAUUUCCUUCAACAU